UUUCCAAAAACAGUUGGCGCGAAUACAUUUCGUGAUAAUUUUUGUUUUGUUUUGUUUUUUAUUAUUUAUUUUGAUUUUGGAAGCUCCUAAGAUGCCAUCACUUCUAAAUUCUUGUAAAGAAUUAUUUGGUACUGACAACUUGUAUGAUAUUCUUAAUAUUAGAAACACAGCUUCGCCACAAGAAGUGAAAAAGGGUUACCACAAGACCUCUUUAAAAUGUCACCCAGACCGAGUACUUGAUGACGAGAAAGAUGAGGCCACCAGAAAGUUCCAGACCCUGGGAAAGGUUUACAGUAUUUUGUCGGACAAAGAAACGAGGUCAAUAUACGAUGAAACAGGUGAGGUUGACGAGGAAGAUGUUGUAGAUCAGGACAGAGACUGGUACGACUAUUGGCGUCUGCUGUUUUCAAAAGUCUCCGUCAAAGAUAUUGAGGCAUAUACACAGAAGUACAAAGGGUCGAUGGAGGAGCUACAGGAUUUGAAAGCUGCGUACUUGGAGUGUGAAGGAGACAUGGGUAGGAUUCUUGACGGUGUGCUGUGUACAACGGCUGAUGAUGAACCACGAUUUGUCGACAUUUUGAAAGACUUGAUAUGCAAGAAAGAGUUGCCAGAUUUUAAGAAUUUUUCAAAAGAAUCAAAAACCAAAAAGAAAGCAAGGCAGAAAAAAGCAGAAUCUGAGGCAGAUGAAGCGGAGAAAGCAGCAACCGAACUUGGUCUGAAGGAUAAAUCUUUGACGGCACUCAUCAAAAACCGGCAGAAAACCCGGGAAGCAGCAGCCGAUAACUUCUUCGCCCAGCUCGAGGCAAAGUAUGCCGAACCGAAACCGAAAAAAGCUAAAACGGCAACAAAGAAAACGAAAUCCAAGAAAUGAUGCCAUCCUUGCAGUUAAGAAAAUGUCUACGGCAAAAAACAUGCCCUGGAAACAAAACAGUGAAAAAAAAGGCAUGCCGUGGAUAAUUAAAAAACUCCACAGCAUUGGUGAUAGCAGGGGUUGUCAUAGUGACCGUGAGUUUUUGACACAUGAUAAAUUAUGCAUUGUUGGAUAUUCUGUAUUUAAACUGGAGCAGUCGACAGUAUUAUCAAUAUUUUCACGAUAAUACCAACCGUACACUGCGGGCAGCAGGGCCAGCUCUGGGUGUACAAAAUAUUUUGCCAAAUUAUCUAUUAAACUUAAAAAACAUAUCUGAAAGCUACCAUUAUUUUAAAGAAAAUAUCGAUCAUGGCAUGAAAUUAUUUUGCCAAAUUAAAAUAAAAUUCACCAGUUGGCAGAGCUAGCCAGGGUAUGGGCUUUGUGUCAACUUAUGCUUUUGAACACACACACACACCCCAAUCUGCAUAUGGUUUUCCAGACUUUUAUUCACACUGUCUUAAGAUUCUGAGGUGAAAUUUUGUGUCUAGUUUUAUCAUGUCGAAUUACAAAUUGAGUUAAAUUCCAUUGGAGAUUUACUCAUUUUUAACAGAGUUGUGUCCCUUGAACUUAUGUUGUGAGAUUCACUCUGCAAGUUUCAGAGAUUAACUUCACAAUACUAAAACAUUAAAUUGUGAUUGCUAAUAUAAAUAAAUUAAGAAAAAAAUACUUGUUAAUCAUUUGGUAAUGUGCUCUUCUUCUGCAUUCAAGCUAUAGUUGACCAUGCUUUAGAUCUGGAGUCCGGUUAUGGUGAUAAAAAAACGCUCUCUCUGUCAAGUCGUCUUUGGAACCCCAAAGCUUGACAGCCAGUGUGAGAUGCUCUUGAAUGUGUAAGCUCAAUCGUUCACCUUAGAUAUGAAGGGAAGGACUGAUGUACGUUUUUAGGUGGGGGAAACUCGUUACCAAAAGGCAGUAUGAUUAGUACACCAGUGAGUUGAUCAUUGUAAAUAGUUCCUGCACUUCAAUGUCAUGUUUACAGACAACAUUUUCUUCGGUAUCAUGUCGUGAGAUUCUCUCUGCAAGUUUCAGAGAUUAACUUCACGAUACUAAAACAUUAAAUUGUGAUUGCUAAUAUAAAUAAAUUAAGAAAAAAAAAUACUUGUUAAUCAUUUGGUAACUUUUAUUUUAUAGUGUCUAGCCGAAUUGGCUUUAUGAAACUGGUAUUGAAUUUUACUGGAUAGAAAUGUUGAUGGUGGACAUAGAAUUGAAAUACCGUCAAGGUACUAGAUUCUGAAUUUUACUUAGAUUUGUAUGAUGCUUAAUUUGAUACAGAUAUGUUUGUAAGUGAAUUUGGAACUUAAUUUUAUUAUGAUGAGAUUUUAAAAUAUUUUAGUGAUUUAUUUUUGGAUGGUGCUUUGUACUUGGUUUGUUUGAUGCCUAAUUAUGUAUUAUGAUUACGUAUGGUGAAUUUCGUACUAAUUAUUAUUAAUUGAUAUUAAUUGUUUGAUGAUGAAUUUGGUAUUGAAUUUUACAUUAUUUGUUUGAUGGUGAAUUAUUUUGUAAACAUUUUUUAAUUUCUUUAUGGUAUAGAAUUUCACUUUUAAAUAUUUAAUAACUGUGCAUAUAUUAUCAUAGUAAAUAGCAUAUCAAAUUACAUUUAGUGUAAUUAAUAUUAACAUCAGUCAAUAACAGUUGGGGGAAUCCUUUUAGCGAGUUGGAUACUUUAUCAGGAGUGGCAAAGGUACAUGUAAUGUUGAAUUCUGAAAACAAGUCAAAUUUGAAUUUUUGGUGAUCAGUCUGCUUUAAUAAGAGAAAUUACCUUUUCCUUCAAAACAAGGGUUUCCUUCAAAACAAGGGCACCUUUUCCUUCAAAACAAGGUUACCUUUUCCUUCAAAACAAGGGGCAAUAAUAGACAACUUACUUUCUAUCACGUUUUCUCAGACCAAAAUAAUUUCACUCUGGUGCCUUGGGCUGUAACAUAUAUACAAUCUGUUGGAAAUGGAUUCAUAUUAUCAUAUAGUAUUACACGCUGUUUCUAUAAUAUAUACAUAGUUAUUAAAUGUUGACAAGUGUACACAGACCUUUUAUCAACCCUGUGUAUUUAGUACUGAACGUAAGAUACAUGUAUUCACUAAUUAUAUACACACUAUAUUUUGUCAUACACAUAUAUACGACAGGGGUGGAAAUACUGCCAUCCUGACUAGUUUUAGCCAGUAACCAUUGCCGUGGGCCAGGAGAUUUCUUUCCUAUCGGACCGCCAAUAAUUAUACGUUUAUAUGCACGCAUUAGUUUUAGUGAAUCAUGUUUAGUCCAACAGGUCUCGAUUCAGACUGGUAGACUUUGUUGCUUGCCAGACCGAUUUCCGGCAGGAAUUUCAGCCAGUUUCACCCCUGUAUGGUAUAGCUAGUACUAGUUUAUAAUACGUGUAGUACUGAAUUUACGUGAUUCAGUCCACAUUGCGAGAAGAAAAAAACACACAAUGUAAUCAUGUAUAUGGUAACUAUUCAUGGUCGUUACCAUUAAUUUAAAAACAAACUUAUUUUGAAUGUUGAUUUCGGUUUAUUCAUUGUAUAUCUUUGUUGCUUGAUGUAAUAUAGAACUUAAUUUAAUUAAAUGUUGAUUUCGGUUUAUUCAUUGUAUAUCUUUGUUGCUUGAUGUAAUAUAGAACUUAAUUUAAUUAAAUGUUGACAACAAAGUAAAUACAGAGGGACAUAUAAAUUACCUUUCUUCCUGCCCACCAUCUUUAGCCCCAUCCAUAUUCCUGUCUUUCCCUCCUUCCCUCUUCUGUCUCUCUCUCCAUCUGUCUCUCUCUCCAUCUGUCUAUCUUUCUCUCCCCCCCUCAAUUUUUCAUGUAUGUGUAUAUAUAUAUAUAGGAGUAAAUAAAUUCCUUUGUACAUCGGAGUAAACCAAUAUAUUUCUUUGUACUUUAGUUUCAAUCUUUUGUUUUGUGUUGGAACGUGAGUAAAUGUAUUUCUUUGUA